GUCUCGUCUUCACACUUCCUAUCGUGCCAUGGUCGAUCGUACCGUCUAUGCGAAUGAGGCGGCGACGCCGAAGCUGAACCUGCGCCACAUCUUCGGGCGACAAGGGCUCGACACAGGACUAUGCAGGCUCUCGGCGGAUAAGGGCCUGCUCACAGUGGAGAUGUUUGCGAUGCUGGGACAAGAUCUGUCCUCUGCAAAAGAGACUCUUCGGAAGCUCUGGGAAGCAGACAUGUCUCGGGGCGGAUGCUGCGGCCCAGGAGCUGUCGGUCAUGUCGCUGGCGGCGGUGUGGCAGGAGGACCGCAGGAGGAUCAUGCAGAGUUCCGCGAUCGUUUCGUGCGGGUUCACCCGGACGUGAUCCUGAUCGAUGCCAAGGAACCGCACAAAAAGUUCGUGGAGCGCCUUUCGCGGGAUUUCCUCAUCCAUGGCAUAGUUCCCUUCUACGAGCCGGCCGAGAUCAGGACCCGAGCCGACGUGAUCGUGGUAAAGUCUGGGCUCUCUCGAAAAGCAGAGGAUCUGCUGUCGAUAUCGAGAGCUGAUCAGCCCGAGCCGGUGACUGAUGUCACCACGCUGUUCAACCGGCUCCACGCUUUCUUCAUGUCGCUCGAGAGCUCGAGCAAUUCCGGUCUGCCUUUCUUGAUGGCGGCCGAUCGGGCAAUCAGGAAGAAGAUCUUCCGCCUCCUGUCGGAGCAGAGGGCGACAUACACAGCCUUCUCGCAAGCCUUGAUCGAGGUGCUCAACAACCACAAGUACUUGUGGAAUGACGCGAGAACCAGCGUCACGCUGUCGAAGGUCGAGCACAAUCGCGAUGGAGCUAUCCCUCCGGUCCCACACAACCCCUUCAAGCGAACGCGCGGGGGAAGGAAGAAGAAGCGAUUGCAGAAAUCGGGGAAGGAGGAGACACCGAAGAAGAUCGCCAAGGAGGACCCGACCAAGAAGCCGAAGAGGGACGAUCGUAUCCCCGAGAAGGAGUGGAAGCUGAUCGCCGAUGCGGCGAAGAAAGUUCAAGGCGCUCGCCGGUGCCAUUGCUUCAACUCGUCGCUCGGUUGCAUCUCGGGGGACAAUUGCUGGUUCAAGCACCUGUGCAUGGUCUGCGGGGCGAUCGCCCAAGAGCUCAUGGCCAAGAAAGUCCCGCUCUUACGCGAAGAGAUACUGCAGCUCGCUUCUACCUCCCGAAUCAGGGACAACAUAAAGCAGCCGGCGAGCGGGGCAGUGCUUUCUUUGCUGGCGAUCACCCGGUACAUCCAGCAGAAGGUGCCAGAAAUCGUGUUCACGAUUCACGCCGUCCCGAACGUGGUCAUCAAGCUCAGCGAUUUUCAAGGGGGUGGGCUUUGGAUCGAAGACCCACUCGGGCUCGACUCACAAGAGAUAGAUGGUCGGACGAUCCAGGGUACCAACACAGACUUCGAGCAGGACACGAUCGUGUUCAAUGCCAAGGAAGCUCUGCAUAUGACCCUGCCGUGGGAAGGCACACGGGUGGUUCUGGCCGUCUAUUCGGUGCAGGGGGUCGACAGGAUUCCUGUCGACGAGUUCGAACAGCUCCUACAGCUGGGGUUCAAGCCGGCGCCGGUGCAUACGGGUGAUCACGCCGAUGUCCCUUGGCAAAUCCCGACCUUCGCCUUGACAACCGAGGAUGCCGAUCGCAAGCGACCUCACGGCGCCCCGGUUCGGGUCCGUGAGCAUCGCCAACGAUCUUCUGGACAGAAAGCGAUCGCGGCGGGCUACCAAAUGAAGAAGUCCGUUGUCCUCCCGUUGAUCACCACGGAGAUGCAUCCGGGCGAGGCGAUCGAGUUUGCCUUGAAUGUGACUCAUCCUUUCACCAAGGACGCCGCGAUCGAUGCGGAUCUCCAAGCAGUCCUGCAGCAAAUUGUGGAUGACCCUGCUGGAGUCUGCGAUCGCCGGGCUUCUCUUUUGCAGCACUGGGAUCAACGCGCUCGCGCUCUGAUUCCGGAAUCCGACAAGGUUCUCAAGCAAAUCCCGGACUGCCACCUUCGUCGUUUACUGCGAGGGCUCCGGACGAUCAGCCGGUGGCGAUCGGCGAUCGGCACUUUCUUUCACGUCGCUCUAUGGCGCGAGCUCCUGCAUGAAGCCAAGUGCCCCGACGUGGACCUGGUGGACCAGAUCUUGGCCGGCAUGCCGAUCGUCGGCGAUAUCGCCUCUUCCCAUCGAUGGGUUGCCGAUCGCAAGCCUCAUGCUGAACACCUCUCGGUGGAUUCACUUCGUUCGCGGGCCUGGGAGUUUCGUUGCAAGGUCUUGAGUGCGAUAAAAAGGGCUCCAGUGACCGAGCACUCUCCUAAGGUCUGGGAGUCGACCCUCGAGGAUGUCGAGGAAGGGGCAGCGAUCGGGCCUUUCUUCGAGGAGUCGGAGGUCUCGGAGUUUGUCGGGGACGAUCACAGGAUCCCUACCCAAAGAUUCGAGGUCGUCCAGAAGAACAAGGUCCGGGGGGUGGACAGUGCUACCUCGAACGGGAUCAACAUGGCGACCGUCGUGACGGAGAAGCUUGAGCUCCCGUCUACAGACGCGAACGUCGCCGUGAUCAAGUGGCUGCGUUCGCGGCUGCCUGACAAGCCUCUCCGUGGAUGGGUCCUAGACGAGCGCAGGGCCUAUCGCCAAGUGCCUAUCUCUCCGGCUCAUCGGAAGUGGAGCGUCGUGGCUCUGAAGGAUCCCAGCACCGGCAAGGUGCACUGGUGGAUGGGAGCGAGGUUCGACCAGCAGAAGCUCCAGCUGUGCUCUGACCCGACGAUCCUGGGUGUUACCUACGAUCUCGAGCAGUAUCUUCUGAAGAUCAAGAA